UUGCUCAAACCAAAAGGGUCGACCCUGGGAAUAUGUACGAUGAUGUUUCCUCAUCAUACAUAUUCUCAUUUUUUUUUUGGCACAAAAACAAAUAAUCAAUUUGGGGAAAAUGUUAAACCCGCCAAAGAUGCUGUGCUGGUCUUACUACAGGUCUCAUUUCCUUCUCAACACCAAAACAAGCUCUAACCUGUGUGUGUGUGUGUGUGUGUGUGUGUGUGUGUGUGGAGAGAGAGAGAGAGAGUGAGAGUGAGUGAGUGAGAGAGAGAGAGACUGCAGAUCGUCUUCGCAUCGCUAUUGGCUUCUUGUUCCUCCGCGCGCCCUCAGCGCCGCGCACCUCUCGCGCGCAGUGAUGCUCGCACCUGGCGAAGGGCGGAAGACCCGCAGCAUCAGCAGCAGCGGAUCUCCAUGACGACAGCACUUCCAGCAUGGUGCAGAAAUCCCGCAACGGUGGCGUGUAUCCCGCCCCGCAGGCCGAGAAGAAGCUGAAGGUGGGCUUCGUGGGACUGGAGGCGGGCGCGACGGAAUCGAGCCGAGACGGCGCGCUGCUGAUCGCGGGCGCGGAGGCGACGAAGCGCGGCAGCAUCUUGAGCAAACAGCGCUCCAGCAUCUCCGGGAAGAGGCCGCCGAAGCGCAACGCGUUCUACCGACGCCUGCAGAAUUUCCUCUACAAUGUGCUGGAGAGACCGCGCGGAUGGGCGUUCAUCUACCACGCUUACGUGUUUCUGCUGGUUUUCUCCUGUCUGGUUUUGUCCGUGUUCUCCACCAUCAAAGAAUAUGAGAAGAGCUCUGAAGAUGCCCUCUAUAUCCUGGAAAUUGUAACCAUCGUGGUUUUCGGAGUGGAAUAUAUCGUGAGGAUCUGGUCUGCAGGAUGUUGUUGUCGAUACAGAGGAUGGAGGGGAAGACUCAAAUUCGCCCGGAAACCUUUUUGUGUUAUCGACAUCAUGGUCCUGAUUGCCUCCAUCUCGGUUUUGGCUGCUGGAACGCAGGGGAAUGUGUUUGCCACUUCCGCCAUCAGGAGUCUCCGAUUCCUCCAGAUUCUCCGGAUGAUCCGCAUGGAUCGGCGUGGAGGAACCUGGAAACUCUUGGGAUCUGUCGUAUAUGCUCACAGCAAGGAGCUGAUCACAGCCUGGUACAUUGGCUUCCUGUGUCUGAUCCUGGCCUCGUUCCUGGUGUACCUCGCUGAGAAGGAGGAUAACGAGAUGUUUGAAACCUACGCCGAUGCACUCUGGUGGGGUCUGAUCACCCUGACGACCAUCGGCUACGGCGAUAAAUAUCCCAUAACCUGGAACGGGCGUCUCCUCGCCGCGACCUUCACCCUGAUCGGAGUGUCCUUCUUCGCGCUGCCUGCUGGAAUUCUGGGUUCUGGGUUUGCCUUGAAAGUUCAGGAACAGCAUCGGCAGAAACAUUUCGAGAAGCGCAGAAAUCCCGCUGCCGGCCUCAUUCAGGCUGCCUGGAGGUUUUACGCCACAAAUCUGAAUCGCACAGAUCUCCAUUCGACGUGGGACUAUUACGAGAGGACCGUAUCGGUGCCCAUGUACAGACUCAUCCCUCCUCUGAACCAGCUCGAUCUACUGAGAAACCUCAAGAGCAAAUCCGGCCUCUCCUUUAGGAAGGAAGCCCAACCUGAGCCCUCCCCGAGUCAGAAAGUGAGUCUGAAAGAGCGUGUGUUCUCCAGCCCGAGAAACACUGCAACCAAAGGGAAGAACUCUCCUCAGGGCCAGCAGCCCAUCCGACGCUCUCCUAGCGCAAACAGCAUCGAGGACAGUCCGUCCAAAGUACCCAAGAGCCUCAGCUUCGGCGACCGCAGUCGGGCCAGACAAGCCUUCCGCUUUAAAGGGGCCGCGUCCCGCCAGAACUCAGAAGUGCUCAUUGAGAUGCAAGAGGAAGAUUUGAGACACAGGAACUCUCCAGAAGCCAGCCUUCCCGGAGAAGACAUUGUUGAUGACAAUAAGAGCUGCCAUUGUGAGUUUGUCCCUCAGGAUUUAACGCCGGGACUAAAAGUUACCAUCAGGGCCGUGUGCAUCAUGAGGUUCAUGGUGUCCAAGCGCAAGUUUAAAGAGAGUCUGCGGCCGUAUGACGUGAUGGAUGUCAUCGAGCAGUACUCGGCCGGACAUCUCGACAUGUUGGCGCGGAUUAAAAAUCUGCAGUCCAGGUUAGAUAUGAUAUUGGGUCCUCCGGGUCCCAGCACCCCUCGCCCAAAGAAGUGUUCAACCAAAGGAACCAAAGAGUCGCCCCAGUUGUCUUCUAGAGUGGAUCAGAUUGUUGGUCGAGGCGCUCCGAUAACAGACAAGGAUCGUCCAAAAGGAACCACAGAUGGUGAACUGCCAGAGGAUCCCAGCAUGAUGGGACGACUUGGGAAAGUGGAGAAACAGGUGAUGUCAAUGGAGAGGAAACUGGAUUUCCUGGUGAACAUCUACAUCCAGCGCAUGGGCAUCCCGCAGUCCGAGACGGACGCCUACUUCGCCUCUAAGGAUCCCGAACCGGCGCCUCCGUACCACAGUCCGGUGGAGCACAUGGAGAAGAGCGGCUCCAUCACCAAAAUCAUUCGCUCCAACAGCUCAGCUGGCCAGAAGAACUUUGACCCACCGCCCUCGACCUGCGUCAAUCACCACUGCCCGCCCUCCACGUCCUGGCAUCCUCAAACCCUCCCCGAUCCCGGCCAGGGCACGUCUCCAAUGGGCGACCCCUCGCUAGUGCGCAUCCCUCCGCCUCCAGCUCACGAGCGCUCUUCCGCCGGCCACAACGGAAGCUCUCGUGGAGCAGGACAGCAUCAUUCUCGUGGGAACGCAAGCGAAGAUGGACGCCCAUUGGCUCUUUCCCAGCAGCAAGCCGGAGCCGAGAGCGACACCUCCAUAUCCAUCCCUUCAGUGGACCACGAGGAACUUGAACGCUCAUUCAGCGGCUUCAGCAUCUCGCAGUCCAAAGAAAAUCUGGACUUUCUCAACAACACCUAUUUCAGCGGUGUGUCGCGCAGCACCAAAGUGAGGCCGUACAUCGCAGAGGGCGAGUCGGACACGGACUCUGACCUGUGCGCCCCGUCGCCACAUUCCGCCACUGGCGAUGGUGCCUACGGAGACAGAGGCUGGUCCGGACCCAAGUAAAACUACGAGGGACAUUGCAAAGUGGGAUUCAACCAGCUUCUAGAGCGAAAUGCACGCGAGACGCCGUGUUUAAAAGAGCAGUGUUUCUCUCACAAGCACAGCUCCAUGAGCGGAAGAAAGGUGGAGUCGGCAACCGUUGGAGUUGUAUCUCGCUGAAAACAAACUCAGAAGUGCCAGCAAUGACUUCUGGGAGCCAAGCACUUGCGUAUCCAUCAGGUUGGAUGGAUGAGAGACACUGCAACAGUCUUUAUCAUUUCAUAUGUGGUGCAUUUUCAUCUUUUAGAACAUAAUGGAUUUGCACAUUGUCAGUGUUUCUGGUUAAAGGGAUCGUUCACCCAAAAAUAACGCAAACAUUCUAUCAUCAUUUACUCACUCGUGUCAUUUGGCUGAUGCUUUUAUCCAAAGCGACUUGCAUUGCAUUCAAGGUGUACACUGUAUAAGUUCAUAUAGGAAUCAAACCCAUGACCAAGUGCAAUGCUGUCCUAUUUGAGCUACAGGAAUUAUUAAAGGGGACCUAUUAUGCCCCUUUUCACAAGAUGUAAUAUAAGUCUCUGGUGUCUCCAGAAUGUGUCUGUGAAGUUUCAGCUCAAAAUCCCCCACAGAUCAUUUAUUAUAGCUUGUCAAAUUUGCCCCUAUUUGGGUGUGAGCAAAAACACGCCGUUUUUGUGUGUGUCCCUUUAAAUGCAAAUGAGCUGCUGCUCCCGCCCCCUUUCCAGAAGAGGGCAGAGCUUUAACAGCUCACGCUUCGGUUGCUCAACAACAACAAAGCUGGAGAAUCUCACGCAGCCAAAAUGACGAUUGUGUUCAGCCUUACAUUGUUCAAUCCGGAGUCGACACUGAUGGAGAGACUCAGGAAGAAGUUACAACUUUUAGACGUUUCUGAAUGGUUAGUGGAUAAAUUUAUGUAGUUGCUGUGGAGUUGAUUCAACUCAUCCACUAGCAUGUGCCGUCAUGUUAAUCUUUGCUGAUAAACAACACGGGGGCGAGUAAAUAAUGAAAGAAUUGAGAUUUUGGCUGAACGAUCCCUUUGAAAAGUGUCGUCCAUGUUCGCUUGUGAAUGUACUUCACGACAGCUUGUGAAUUUUAAAACGUCUUUAAACCAGGUCACUUAAUGUCGAUCACAAUAUUCCCUAAAUUAAUACCAUGGUUAGGAAAUUCAAGUACAUAUGAAAUAUAGAAUAUCACUUUUUCUCAAGUUUACAAUUUUUUAAUACACCCUGGAUUAAUAAUUUGCAUGUUGAUGAAUUAGGAAUAUUUAGAAAGAAUCUAUAUGUAAAGUUAAUUUCGUACAGCUUCUUCAAAUGGUAAAAAAAAGCCUAUUUUCUGCUAAUAUUUUUUUUCUUUUCCUAAAGAUACUAAACCUUCCAAAGCAAUUUUUAAAAACACUGUACAUAAACUAUUUCUGUAAUAACAAAAGUAUCCAUUUAAUAACGUAAUGUGUCUGCUUCACAGCCAUUCAGCAUAUAUAUAUAAAAACAUCUCAUUUUCUAAUACAUGAAAACAUGAAGGCCAGAUGUACACUCUAAAAAAUGCUGGGUUAAAAACAACCAAAGUUGGGUUAAAAAUGGACAAACCCAGCGAUUGGGUUAAAUGUUUGCCCAACCUGCUGGGUAGUUUAAUUUAACUCAACUAUUGUUUAAAAAUGACUGUACUGCUUGCUUAAAAUCAACCCAAAACAUGUUGUACAUGAACAUUUAUUAAUAAGUUUAAUUAAUAAUAAUUAAACAAUAAACAUUUAUUAAGUUGCUUAUUAAUAAAUGUUCACCUUUUGAUUAUUAUUGUUGCUUCUAGUAAUUAUGUGUCUGAUUUUUAAUUUCCAACCUAUUUUGGGUUCAUUUUAAGCCAGACAUAUAGUCAUUUUUAAAGAAUAGUUGGGUUAAAUUAAACUACCCAGCAGGUUGGGCAAACAUUUAACCCAGCCGCUGGGUUUGUCCAUUUUUAACCCAACUUGGGUUGUUUUUAACCCAGCAUUUUUUAGCAUGUAGUUGAAUGAUGAAGUUGAACAUGAACUAACUUGAUUUCCUCUCUUGUUAGUGAGCUGAAUCUGUGUACUUGCUCAUGAAACAGGGAAAACUUAUCUUUUGAAUGCACAAAUUUUACGUGAGAAAUGCACCGUAUCGUUUUGCCUUGUUCUGAUGUAAUUAAUGUUCUGUUGCCUUUUAUUGUUUGUUUUAUUGCUUGAAACCAUAAUGAACAAAAAUGUCUGUAUGGAGACCGGACAGUCGGCCGGAUAUAACGUAUGUUUCCUGUAGAAGUUGCUGUACCUGUCAUUCGCGUCCGUCCUACAGUCAGUCUGAACAUCUCCAAAGAGGAUAGUUAGUUUACAUCAUCCCGUCUUCCAUAUCGCCUGUGUUCAGACAUCCGACAGUCUUUCUCUAACUCACCCUUUAAUGUUGCUUGUGCUAGACUUAGAGGGAAAACCGGGGCUAGUUGUCACACUUUUCACUCCAGUGAAUAUUUCUCAUGGUGUGUUGAGACUUGAAAGCAAAUUUCUUAAUAGACAAAAUCAUAAAAAAAUAAAAGCAGUUGCCCAGGAAAAUUAGUUAAUUUACAUUUAUGCAUUUGGCAGAUGCUUUUAAUCCAAACAGACUUAUGUUGCAUGCAAUGUUUACGUUUCAUCAGUUCAUGCAUUCCCUGGGAAUCGAACCCAUGACCUUGGUGUUGCUAUAGUGUAUCUAUAGUGGGGCAUGUUGUCACAUGUUACAAAAACAGCUGACAGUGAAAUAUGUAGUACAAUCUAAAUAAAAAGAGUUUUGAUCUAACAAACAAACAAAAAAUGCUAAAGAAAGCAAACAUUAGUGUAUUUGCACUUUUGACUCAAAACCGCUUCACCAUGUGACAACUAGCCCCAGUGUUCCUGAACUGAAUGCAAAAUGCUUAAAAUUAAGUAAAAGCAGCAGAAUUACUUCCUGGAUUCACAGAACAUACAAUAUAUACAUAAUGUGAAGUCAGAAUACUGUGGUAAACAUGGCUGCACAUCUUUUAGCCUAACAGACACAUAUUGAGUAAAGUCAUUUGAGUUGGGUCAUGUGACAGAUCUGACAAUCUCUUACAAAAACAGUACUAUGUCAAUACCAUCCUACAUGACUAUGCUAUCGGAUGAGAAGUACCAUAGUAUUCGCAUUUGUACUUGUUUGUAAGAUAUAGUCGAGGUCUGCACAUUCAAUCGGUGAAUCUGUAAUAGUGAUUUGAGUUGAAUAUCGUCACAGUUGCCUUGCUUGGUUUCAAUUUGUUUUUCCAAAGAAUAUUCUGUAUUUUUGCCUUUGGUAUCUUUUAUAACACUGUCGGGUUUUUUUCUGUUGUGUGUAAAUGUUUACUUGAGGUCAGUUUGGUUCUGAAAUGCUUGUGAAUGUAUUUCUAAAUGCUGUUGUUUUGUUUCCACUGAACAGACUCACAACCUUCACGACAGACAUUUUGUAGAUCUGCACAAACAGACAAACACAACCAGCUUCUGGGGCUUUGAGAUCUGAACACACUUACAGAGACUCAAGUCAAUCUGGUAACGCUUUACAAUAAGGUUCCAUUUGUUAACAUUAGUUAACUAUAUUAGUUAACAUGAACUAACAAUGAUAAAUACUUCUAAAGCAUUCUUCUUGGAUAAGUGAAUGUUAAUUUCAACAUUUACUAAUAUCUUAUUAAAAUCAAAAGUUGUAUCUUUUUAUGAUUUAAUAGAACUGAGCUGACAUGAACUAACAAUGAACAAUUGAAUUUUUAUUAACUAAUGUUAAUAACGAUUAACAAAUGUAUAUAAUUAUUGUUAAUGCAUUAACUACUGGAACCUUCACAGCUAUCAGGAAACAUUCUGGCAAGGUUCUCUCAAAGUUAUAAACAAACGUUUAUCAAGUAACGUUAAUAGAAAGUUUUCUGGUCUAUAAUAAUGUUCUCAAAACAUUUGCACAAAAAAAACAUUAUGUAUGCAUCGUUCAUGGAACAUUUUAGUUGGAUGUUUAUCUAACAUUUUUAAAUGUUACUACUUGUUUCAGUACGUUCAGAGAACAUUCAAAAGUAACGUUCCCAUAAUGUUUGAAGAAUGAUAAAAUGGAAUGUUUCCAAAUUAUAUAUAUGAAUUCUCGUGUAUUGAUUGCUUUUUUAUUGCCAAUGUGUGAGCAGCUUGUAACGAAACUUAAAAAACGAGACCUUCCCUGACUUCUUAGGUUGUCUAUGAAAGAUUGUAGACUGAUUUUUAUGUGAAGGACUCUGGCCGGACGGGCCGGAUUCGCCGGGAAAAUCAACAGGAUGUGACGGUUACGCGCGCUACCGACUCCGAAAGCCUCUCUUCCGUUCUAUGACACGUGAAACUAAUGCAUCAGGAUAAUGCUAAAACAAAGAGCUAUUCUGUACGAAUAUCAAUUUGUCAGGCAAACAAGAGGGAUUAAUUCAAGCUAUAGUCUCACAUAGCCAGAUCAAGGCCACGCCCACAACAGAAUCGUUUAGUACAGUUUACUGCAGAACAACUCGUGGAAGUUAUAGAAAUGUAGAAAUUAAAGUUAAAGCUCCAGUCUCCUACUGAAAAUCCCGAAAAAUUGGUGACUACUUUGCUCAGAGAAGCUGUCAAUCAUGACGUCACACCCCCGUUUUUUUAUAGCAUCAAAUAAACGAACUAAAAACAAACUUAUAAAAAAAAAUGAACACUUGAACUUGCAUCAGCGUGAUUAAAAACUAGAUAAAAUGACCAUCUUUGGAAAAAAAAAUAUUUGAAGUGUAAUUUAAUUGUUUAGUUUGUCUUGCAUCGUAUUAAAUUACAUGUAGAGGGCGGGGUUUAUGACCUAUACCGGGACCAACCACCUGGCGACGAUCGAGACGCUUUGGCUUCACUUUUCAGGACUUGUAUGGUGUCAUAAGAAAUCGAGUUGUUAUCAUGAUGUUUUGACUAAUUAUAACCUAUUUCACUAUUGUAUGAUGUUUAUUACAUUAAGUGCACAAACAACAUGCUUGAAAUAUAAAAUAAAUGCCUGUGUAUUGCAUAAUAAAACAAACUGGAAACAGAUUUGGAAGCAAAAACACCUAAUUUAAAAUAAGCUAAGCUAGCAGGCUAAUUGGGUAGACGUUUGCUAUGCUAGUACAUAAGCUAACUAAAAAACCUAUAGCUUUAGUUAAAUACUGGUAUAUGAACCGUGUAAUUUAAAAGACAUUAAUGGUCAUUAUAAUGCAUUUUAAACAAUAUAAAUCAUAACGUGAUUUCAGGCGCUAAAAAUACUACCCGUUAAAAGCCAGCUGGGAUCACUCACGGUCCUAAAAGAGACCCGAUUCCUGGGGGGACUUCUCACCACAGCGGCACGCUUGGUCCAAACAUAUCCACAUCACUAUGAUCAGAUGCUUUCUGAACUUCUUUUUUUUCCCACCGCUGUCAUUUUUGUUGUGUUUAUUAAUAUUAUUAAUGUUUAUUAAUAUUUACAUAUUCAUCUAAACGUUGCGUCGGGAUGUUCACUGCCAACUUUUUACUUCUAAGCGAAGAAUGAAAAAGAACGUCGCCGUUAGUAUAUCGGGGCCUUGAAUCACGUUCAGUCUCUUGUGCGUUACGUGCGAGCAAUAAGUUGCUGCUGCAGUUCACUUAACGGCCACCGGUGUCGCUAAUCACAAGAGUUUCUCAAUUCUACACACAGCCCCUUUAACGUUCGCAUAACAUUUUCAUAACUUAAUGAGAACGUUAUCAAAAUGUUCUUAGAGCAUAUUUGUGUUUGCUGGGUUAUUGUAAAGCGUUACCAUAGAUGAAUUUGUUAUCUGCAUAUGUGGUGAAUUUUUAAUUCAGUUAACCAGCAAGACUUACAUGGUCAUCUGGCAGAACGACCAUGUAAGCUAGACCAGCACUAACCAGCGUACACUUGUCUGAGUAUAUUAAAGUAAUGCUGGUUAAGUUUUUCUUUUACGCCGAAAGUGUUUUAUUCAAGAUGAUGAACGUUUUGCUUUUUGAAUCUUGUACAUUUGUUUGAACUUUGAAGAAGAAAUCUUCUCAGAAAGAAGGUUGUCCAUGUCUGCGCAUGAAUCCAGCAGAAGAAAGGCCCACGCAUGUCACAUUAUAAGCCUUAAGUUUAUUGUCUAUGUGUGGUAAUAAGUGACACUCAUGUGAUUCACACCGACAAAAAUGGUGUUUUACGGCUAACACGCCAUGGCUUUAGCUAAUGUCAUUUUAUCAUCAGCCACCAUGCCUUUAUGUUUACGGAUCAAAUCCAUGAUUGCUGUUUUUCACAAACAAUGAGCACUGUUGUCUUUUAUUUUUCUUCUCUAGAGAAGCAAAUGCUUGCCGGCAUGUUCUGAACCGCUAAAAAUGCCAUACUAUAUAUAAAGCUUUUGAUUAUUAUGUAGCAUAUCCGUCGUGUAGUCACUCAAAUCCAUGAGCUCAUGGGCAAAUGUACAAUAAACUUUGUAUCUCAGAAUGUUCA